CGAGUGCAGAGAGCCCGGAGCCGGGGCGCCGAGCGUCGCGAGGAGAGCCCGGGAGCCAGUGGGCGAGGGCAGCCGCAGCCCAGAACGCUGCCGCGGCGAUGGCCGUGGCCGUGGGGAGACCCAACAAUGAAGACCUUCGAAACUUAUCUCUCUCUGGUCAUGUUGGAUUUGACAGUCUUCCUGACCAGUUGGUCAACAAGUCUACAUCCCAAGGGUUCUGCUUUAACAUCCUCUGUGUUGGUGAGACGGGCAUUGGUAAGUCAACAUUAAUGGAUACUUUAUUCAACACCAAGUUUGAAAGUGACCCAGCCACUCACAAUGAGCCGGGAGUCCGGUUAAAAGCCAGGAGUUAUGAGCUUCAGGAGAGCAACGUACGUCUGAAACUGACCAUCGUUGAUACUGUAGGAUUUGGAGACCAGAUAAACAAAGAUGACAGCUAUAAACCAAUAGUAGAAUAUAUUGAUGCACAAUUUGAAGCUUACCUGCAAGAGGAAUUGAAGAUCAAGCGUUCCCUGUUCAAUUACCACGACACCCGGAUUCACGCUUGCCUUUACUUCAUCGCCCCCACUGGACAUUCGCUGAAGUCCCUCGACCUCGUCACCAUGAAGAAACUGGACAGCAAGGUGAACAUCAUCCCCAUCAUAGCAAAAGCAGAUACCAUUGCCAAAAAUGAGCUGCACAAAUUCAAGAGUAAAAUCAUGAGUGAACUUGUCAGUAAUGGUGUUCAGAUAUACCAGUUCCCUACAGAUGAAGAGACGGUGGCAGAAAUUAACGCGACAAUGAGUGUCCAUCUUCCAUUUGCUGUGGUUGGAAGUACUGAAGAAGUGAAGAUUGGAAAUAAGAUGGCAAAGGCCAGGCAGUACCCUUGGGGUGUGGUGCAAGUUGAGAAUGAAAACCACUGUGACUUUGUAAAGCUCCGGGAGAUGCUGAUCAGAGUAAACAUGGAGGAUUUGAGAGAACAAACUCAUACCCGCCAUUAUGAACUGUACCGACGCUGUAAGCUGGAAGAAAUGGGAUUCAAAGACACAGAUCCUGAUAGCAAACCCUUCAGCCUUCAGGAGACGUAUGAAGCAAAGAGAAAUGAGUUCUUGGGAGAACUUCAGAAGAAAGAGGAAGAAAUGAGACAAAUGUUUGUCAUGAGGGUGAAAGAAAAAGAAGCUGAACUUAAAGAGGCGGAAAAAGAUCUUCAUGAAAAGUUUGACCUUCUAAAGCGGACACACCAGGAAGAGAAAAAGAAAGUAGAAGACAAGAAGAAGGAGCUUGAGGAAGAGGUCAACAACUUCCAAAAGAAGAAAGCGGCCGCUCAGCUCUUACAGUCACAGGCUCAGCAGGCCGGUGCCCAACAGACCAAGAAGGACAAAGACAAGAAAAACUUCUUCUUUAUGUAAUCAUCAUGUUGACAAGCCCUACUCUCUCCUAAUGGACAGUAGCGCAUUAGAAGAGCAGGAGUUGUAUGUACACACCCGUUGGGGAAGAGUUACCUCAUUUCCACCAUCGCCUUUCCUUUUAUACUGUGGGUCAAAUAUCGCACUGCUGUGUCUAUUUGUCAGUGUCUGCUUGCACACCACUGGUUACAGUGUGUCCUCAACUAAAUUUUCACCUCCAAAACAAAAAUUAAAGAAAAAAAAAGUCAAGUGGAACACAAUGUAGGCCAAGAACCAUGAUAUCACACUGAAAUGCUCGUUAAACUGUAAAAUGUAUAGUGUUGUUAAUCUGAGAACAAGAGGCGUAUAGAUUGGGACAGUGUGUACCCAAAGGAGACGGCCACAGACUGCUAUUAACACCCCUACAAACUUAAAGCUAAUUCUCACUCUAGACCUGAGAGCAAUCAUAACCAGGACUCUCAGCGAUCAGGUGCUUAAAUCUGGGAAACUGUCUUUUUUUCUUUUGUUAGUUUUGGGGGUGGCUUGGUGUUUGGUAUGGGGUUUUUAAAACUGAUAAAAUAUUGCAUGAACAGAGAUGCCCACCAUUUUCUAUAUGAAGUAUUGUAAUGACAAAGUUUUAUUUUUCCUCUAGCGUUCUAAGAGAGUGAAAUGGGCAUCUUUCUUGUACAUUCAAGACCCACUGAUUGUUGUGUUUGAUUUAGAGUAUUUUUAUGGUACCUGGAACCUUGUAACAGGUUAUUUGGGUGGUUUUUUUCCCUUUAACUUGAAGUAAGCCACAUAUGAUUUCACAAAUAUGCUGUUUAAAGUAUAGGUCUGAUACCAAGUCUACCCAUCUUUACAUUCAACUAGGAGGUGGUUUACUAAGUGAAGAAUGAGUGCCAAAAGUUUUUAAGAUGGGCCUGAUCUAUUUUACAUAUACCCUUUCCUUAUUCUGCCAGAUGUCACAGAGCUGUUAUGUGUUAUUAGAUCAUUGACCGUAGCCUGUUUUUAAUUAGGAGUUUCAAGAUAAAAGAGAAAUGAGGUCGAAACACAGCAAAUGCCUAGGAUUACAAUAGCUAGUAAAUUGCAACCUGUUGUCACUUUGCCAGUCCAUUCUUCCUUCUGGUUGCAGAAGAAUCAUCACCCAAGAUCCCCUAUCAGGCAACCCUCAUGAAAAGCUCUCUUCCCCAUACCCCACCCCCUUAGCCCCCAUCUUGAACUUGAUCCUCUUAUGGGGUGGAUUACAUUUCUGCCUCUGUGUGAUUCAGUUCACUUUUGGUGGAAAAAGUCAUACCAUAGCUGUCUAGCAUUCUGUUUCCUUUCUUUGGGACUCUUCCUUCACUCUGGCUUCUUUAAGGGUACUUAAGUAACCUGGAUUCUAUAAGAAUAUUCCAAAGUUUCUUCUUGCUUGUAAGGGUGGACAGACCUAUUGCAGGAUACCAAACUACAGAUUGGAUAGUUUCAUUUAUACAUACAUACAUACACACACACACACACACACACACACACACACACACACACACACACACACACACACACAAAACCCAUAACAAAUGACUCCCUCAAACCCAUUCACUUCUAACACUACGUUUGGGACAGACCGGAUUUGUGCCCUGGUCGCUGUAUGAAAAUGCUCAUUUUUAAGUGUUGGUAGUUGACUCAAAGCUUUCACCCUCAUACCAAGUUAAGUUCUUCAUGGAUCUAUCCAUCCAUCUCAUUAUGUUUUGUUAUACACUGCCUCAUUCCCAACUUACUGUCAGCAUCCCCUUGCUCUUCAGUAGCAUGAGAAUUACAGCUGGAGUCCUUUCACUUAACCACCCAGGAGUAGCCCCAAGCUAAAUCCUACAAUGAAAUGAAGAAGAGCACAGUGUGCCUUCCUUUGGCUCAAGCAGGUGAACAUUGCAUUUUCAAGUCACUUCUCUAUCUCAGAGUCCCUGAAUGGCUACUCAGAGCAAUUAAAUGAGUCUACUGAACAACAUCUUGCCUUUCUACACCUGGGAUUUUCAUAAAUGAUAGGUUCAUCUGAGCUAGAACAUUUCUCGUCAUCAUAAGGGCACACACUCCAUUUGUCUCUAAGAACCUAUUGCUCAUAUCAAAGGCUCCUACAUGGAAGCUGAGAGCUGGCUGGAAGAGGAAUUUGUUGGUCAAGGCCAGAGCCUGACAGAGGUCCAGAUCAUGAAGCGACAAAUCCACAUAUGUGAAAUAACACACUCUCUAAGAUCCUUUGGCUAGCCUAGCUUCAUUUUAAGGUUCACAAAUUCCCUUGUUUCAAAACCUCUACAGGAAGUGUGAUUGUCUGAGUAAAUUUAUUUUAAGAUCAUUUACCAAACUCCUUUCUAUUAUUCAAGUAUCAUACAUACAUAAUUCAUUCCUAUUAAUGACCAUACACACACACAAAUUAAGCCACCUUUCAUGACCACGAGAGGCUCCAUGCAAUACUACAUGAUACCAAUGAUACUCAGCUGAAACUGGCACAAACACAAAAUAAUAGGUUUUACAGGCAAGGACACUACAGUGGAUUGUCAGGGGGAAAACCUUGCAGGUAUCUGAACAGGAGAUGCUCAAGUUAUGUAAACUGUUGAACACCCAGUAUAUAAUUACAAUUAAAAGGAUUUUUACUAACAGUUAUUGACCAAAAUGUAAAGAUGGACUGCUCCUAGAUUGACACAGCACACAGAAAUAAAUAUCUCUUCCUUUGUACACCGAGUUGAAGCAGCUAAGAACACAUCAAGAUUAGCCCUCCGCCACGUUUGACCAAAAGGGCAAGUCUGAUCAGUCUGACAUCCAUGAAAAAGAUUAUAUUGGGUUCUCUCAGUUAUUUCUCUAUGUAUCCCAUGUUCUUGGCUCACUAUUGGCAAAACUUGAGUAUUUGAAAAAUUAAGUGCAAAGUCAGUUUAAAUGAUGUCCUAUCUGAAACUUAUUUUCGUCACAUGCUCAUCUGGUCUAAUGAAUGUCAAUUCUCUCCUAUUGGAUUGGCAGUGAGGCCUGUUCACUUCUAACAUCCUGUCUGAAUUCUUCACCAUGGUGUUCACACCUCUUUCUUAAGUCUUUUAGACUUACCUGAACUGUUAGUCAAGCAAUGGUGGUGGGAAUUACCAUUUUUACUGGAGAAUCCCUUAUGCAUCUAUAAUAUGACCCAGAAAAGGAAAUGUUUUGUUUUAUCUUUGCCAAGAAAACCCCAAAUGGGGGUCACAUAGUCAGACAUGACUGAAACAAAUGAAAAACAAAAAACUAAUGAGAAGCGGUCAACUCUGGAUUCUCUCAUGGAGUAUCUUUUGAGAUAAAACUAACUCAAACUGGAACAAAUUCUGUUUCCAUAGUUGGCGGUAGCAUUCAAUAGCACUGAGGUUUUUGACACCCCUUCCUUUCACAAAUUGGGCAUCUAUUCAGAAUUAUCUAGAUGAGGACCUGGAAAGCAAGAGGGAAGUCACUGCAGACUGAACUAUCCUACCUUCUGCCCCUUUUUGUGGACAGUCACUGCAAAUGGUAAAAAUGUAAUAGUAACAGAUAAAGAACACAUGAUGGCUAGGUUUAUUCAACUAUACAGAAAACUGGCUUGCCAGGGUUCCCUCCCUUCUUCCUCCACCUUCUCCUCCCUAUCAUUUUGCUUUUUUAGAUAUCCAAGGCUUUCAAUGGAAUCUGCCAACUGAAGAAACUAAGAGAAUCUUAUAUAACAAGUCUUCACUCUUCUUGCUCUCAUAAACACAGGAAAUGCUACUUAUCCUUUUAGGUGCCAUAAAAUGCAUUUUUAAAGGGGAUUAGAGCCUAAAAAUGAUGAGCCUCCAUGUGGAUUCUUUUACUUCUAAGGACUAUGUGGAUCAUAUUUUGAAAUAAACACGAAAAACAAAACACCAAACCUUAAACAGAAUGGGCUGGCUAAUAACAGGCUUUGAUAAGCAAGACAAGCCUCCUGAGAGAUGAGAAAACCAUUAUGUAAGCAAACAAGAUCUGCUUCCAGAAAAUUAGGUUCCAAUAGGAAUAGAUGGGCCCAAAAUGCUUUGCUCUUCCCUUGGAGCAGCCACCUUUACACCCCGCCCCCUUUUAGCCAUCUAAGUGUUUUUCCACUAAUUUAACUAUCCAGUCAAGCCUCCCUUCUGAGCCCCGAGGAGUCUGGCACUCAUCCUACCCUGCUAAGGGAGUUCAAUUUUAAGAGUUAAGAGUUAGGGAGAGCCUAGAUCCAUUCUUUUAUUUCCAUCUCUGGGAGUGUGUGAGGAGGAAGGAAACAAGUAUUUUGUUUUCCACUGUCAUUAUAAACAAGGAGAACAGGAACAUUAAAGAUGAUCACUUUUGAUUAAAUAGUGUUCUUAUCCUCCCUUUCUUGCGAGAUGAUGGGAAAUAAAAAUUUCUGCAGGCCCGCUUCCACAACGUCUUCCAGUAAGCUGUCCCAAGAACCUUUACUGGCUUGUUUUGUUUAGAGGAGGAGGGAGAAAGAGGGUGCUUCAGAAAUAACCCUUACACUGGGAAUUCUCUAGCAUGCACACAAAUGACCGAAUCAUAAACAUUCUACCCAGAGGUAUACAUCACAACAAAAGGGACUAACCCAGUCUUGAGGGCCAGAUAAUGGCUUCAGUGGAGGGGAAGUACUGAAGUUAAUGUUACACAUCUCCCCAUGUCCAUGGCUAUUGCUUUAUCCUUUAUUUGAGGUCACUUCAAAACAAAAUAAGGGUUACUUUGUUGGACUACACAGUGGUACAUUUCUACAUAAAAGUAUACAAAUUCUUAUUUGCA